AUGGACGAUGCAUUUGAAUUUAUCAUUUCAAACAAAGGACUUACCACCGAAACCAAUUAUCCCUACGAAGGAGUUGAUGGAAGCUGCAACAAGAAAGAAUCAGCCAACCAUGCAGCCAAGAUCACCGGUUACGAGGAUGUACCUUCAAACAGUGAGUCAGCACUAUUAAAAGCCGUGGCCAAUCAGCCAGUUUCAGUUGCCAUUGAUGCCGGUGGGGCUGACUUCCAACACUACAAAAGUGGUGUCUUCACCGGCGAAUGCACCACCUACCUAGACCAUGGGGUUACAGCAGUUGGCUAUGGACAAGAUGAUGAUGGGACCAAAUAUUGGCUGGUGAAGAAUUCAUGGGGCACUAGCUGGGGUGAGGAUGGAUACAUCAGAAUGGAAAGGGGUAUUGAUGCCAAAGAAGGUCUCUGCGGUAUUGCAAUGGAAGCCUCUUAUCCAACUGCUUGA